AAUAAAUCUAUAAGUUACAAAAAUACGAAUAAAUAUCUCGCUCAUUAUUGGAAAAGAAUUUUUUUUAUAAUUUCCAAAAGUUAUCUUUUUCUCAACUAUAAACAUACAAAAUAUAGAUAAAAUAUCUGCUCAUAUCGGCAAAGGAAAAGAGGAAUUCGGAGAUAUACGAUAUACGUCAGCGCGGGAUGCAUCGGAAUGCGAUAUUCUUCGGUUCUUUUCAGACAAGCUCGGUUCGCUCGGCCGCUCGGCUACUUGUGAUUGGUAGAUUGUUUUCGAGCAGCGCCGAACCGCCCGACGUUUACCGAAGUUGGUAUCCCCUCUCUUCUCACAAAUUCUUCCCUCUCCGAAAAAUAAGCCUAAUCUAUAUAUUUAUAUAUCUAUGGUUUUCGUAUGUUUUCAUCGCUAGAGCUUAUUCCGGUUUGUGUUCAAAGUUCAAAGAGUUCACUGAUUUAACCUAAAUAUCUAUACACGUCAAACAUGUCAUUGAAGUGUCAGUCGAAUGUCAUUGAAUAUCAGGUUAUGUUUAAUCAUGUGAGAAAGAUCGGUAUCCUGUAUAUGGAUACAUCAAUGUAAAUUAGUAAAUUACACUUCUAAUAUUAGGAGGGUGGAAGCAACGAGGUUCCACUUGUCGUUCGACCUGUCAACCGACUAGAAACAUAUACGUCGAUAAAUACGAGAUAACGCGUGGAUUAUACGCAGGUAUUAUUGAAAAGGAGAGUGAUCAAAUUCUAAUGUCAAUUAUCAAAGAUAUAAAAUGAAGAUGGAGCUAGACGUGACAAGGAUUGUAUUAAAAUUAUGGCUACUAAAUGCUCUGAUGAUGAAUCAUUGCAGCGCAGCAAUACCUUUAAAGGAUCAUUUUCAAAAUCUGAUAGGUGGUCAAGGCUUGUAUAAUGCUACUGAUGAUGUAGUGGUUCUUAAUGCCACAAACUUCAAAACGAGCGUUUAUGGCAGCAGCAGGAGUUGGCUAGUCGAGUUUUACAACAGCUGGUGUGGCUUUUGUUACAGAUUUGCGCCAACUUGGAAAGCUCUUGCGAGUGACAUUCUUUCUUGGAACGAUAUCGUCGUAGUUGCAGCGAUAGAUUGCGCUGACGAUGACAACAAUCCAAUCUGUCGCGAAUACGAGAUCAUGCAUUAUCCAACGUUAAAGUAUUUCUCGGUGAAUGCGCAUCCACCGUCUUUAGGUUUAGUAAUAGAAAAGGAAGACAAUAUCGAUUCGGUGAGGCGUAACUUGAUUAGUAGACUUGAGACGGAACAACAGGAAGGACGAGGAUCUACAUGGCCCAACAUCACACCAUACAGAAACGUCGAAAUAACGGACAUAUGGAGAACAACAUCCAGUAGUGUGAAGUAUUUCUUUUUCAUUUUCGAAGGUACCGGUUCCCCCUUGGGCACGGAGGUCAUUCUCGAUUUGCACAGAAUUAACAGCUUACAGAUACGUAGGGUGACCUCCGAUAAUGAACUGUUAUGCGUGAUGAACAAGGUUACAAAAUUUCCGACUUUGAUAGCCUUCGGGCGCAAUGAGUCGCAGAGGGUCGUUAAUGUGAGAGUAUCAUCCAGACAGGGAGUGCGGCGGGCUAUUAAGGAUUACGUAAUCACUAGAGGAAUUAACAUCGACGAAACGAUAGGCACGACGGUGUCUCACGAUACAGUACGAAAUGUCGAGAACGCGCAUCAACAGACAACAAUUGGUUCGUCUCACGAGGAACAGGAGGAGGAACAACAUUCGUCUAAAAAGACCGACGAUUAUUUAUAUCAACUUGAUCUAGAGAACGCGUUGCGUUAUUCGAUGAACAACGAGAUAUCCCUGACCAAGUCGAUAGACGGCGAAAAAAUGGAGGCUUUGCGAAAAUACCUCGCGGUGCUGGCGGCAUAUUUUCCCCUACGACGAGGCAACGCCUAUCUAGAGGUGAUACGCGACGUCGUCAAGAGCAGAACCACCAUGACCGGCGAAGAAUUUAGCCAGUUGGCGAAGACGACAGAGGAGGAGAUGUCGCCGGUGUAUUCAGCUCUGCCUCAUCAGUGGAUGGGAUGCAAGGGUAGCGCGAGCUCAUACCGGGGAUAUCCCUGCGGACUGUGGACCAUGUUUCAUAUGUUAACCGUGAACUUCGCUCUAAAACCGAGCAAGGUUCCUCACGCGGAUUUCUCGCAAAAUCCCGUGGCGGUGCUGCGAGCAAUGCACGGCUACAUCGGGACGUUCUUCGGUUGCGCCGACUGUGCUGCUCAUUUCGUAGAGAUGGCCAGCAAAAAUAAGAUAUUCGACACGCGUAGCAGAGACGAGGCCAUCCUCUGGCUCUGGCGGGCGCACAACGAGGUGAACGCUCGAUUGUCGGGUGAUGCUACAGAGGAUCCAGAGCACAAAAAGAUACAGUAUCCCGCGGCUGAGCAUUGCCCGGUGUGCAGAUACGCUAACGGCAGCUGGAACGAGGAAGAAGUUCUGCAAUAUCUGAGAACCAAAUAUAGCUAUAGCAGCAUCAAAUAUGAUGGAAUCAGCAGCUACAAUAGCGAUGUUGGCACGAUCAACGCAGGCAACGGUUCAAGGGUCAGAUUGGGAAGACUCGCCAAGGAGAAACACACCACCGCUUUCGGCUGGGACUUGAAUGUAUUCGAUAUCAGUAUCUGUGUAGUGCUGUACGUUACGUCAGCCGCGAUACUCGUGCUCGUAUGCAUUAAGUUUGCUGUUAAGAGGUCUAAGAAGAAGAGUCACAUCAGUCUGUUACUUAAAGCGUGAUCCUGUCUUCCUUGUACACUUUGUGCAAUGCAUAACUGUUGUUGUGCAAUAUUCCUGGACCAGUAAGCGUUAUUUAGACCAUCCCAGUUAAUAUUUUAAAAACAAAUCGGUAAGUCACCAAUUUUCAGUUAUAAUAUUUUAUUAAGUUCUCAAUCAGAUUGAGGAAAGUUACACUGUUGAAAAUAGUAACAAAACAAUAUAAAUUCUCAAACAAAAAUAAAAAUAAUAGGCUCACAUAUUAGCAGCAAUGUAUUCUCUU